AGUUAUCCGAACAACCCCAGUCCCCAAUUGAUUCGGAUAAACGACACUCUACUGUAUUUCAUUCAACAUGUAAAAAAUCUGUCCCACGCACUUUUAAAAUUUGUCUUAGUAAACCAUUAUAGAAUAAAUGGUUUUGUUCUUUUUAAAUUGCUAAAUUCAGAUAUCUCCCAAAGAAGACCAAAACAUUAGAAUAAUAAAUGUUUAUGGUACAAUAAACGGUUGUAUAUUGUAGUUAAUGCUGGUACAGUUACCGAAGAGAUUAAGCUUGUGAAUUUAUAUAAUAUAAAUAUAUUUCAUUAUUUAUAAUAAAAUUAUUUUUCAUUUUAGAUAGUGACAUUUUGUACAGUCCCGGGGAUGUAGCAGUUCUUGAACCGAGUAAUUUAGAAAAAAAUGUAGAUGCCUUCUUGAAACUACUAAACAUAAAUCCUGAACAAAAAUUUCUAGUUUGUCAAAAUGAUCCGGACAUUUCAGUUCCUGACAAACUGAGAAGAAUGCUGUCGGUUCGAGAAUGUGCCGAAAAAUAUUGGGAUAUAUCAUCAAUACCAAGAAGGUCAUUUUUUGAAUUAUUCUGGCAUUUUAGUCAAUCAGAAUUGGAAAAGGAGAAAUUAGUUGAAUUUUGUCAGCCAGAAGGUCAAGAGGAGUUAUAUUCUUAUUGCAAUCGCCCGCGUCGAACUAUACUGGAAGUACUGCAAGAUUUUCCUCAUACAACACCUCAUGUACCUUUUGAAUAUUUCUUUGAUCUUAUUCCUCCAAUUAAACCAAGGUUAUUUUCUAUCGCUUCGUCUCCAUUAGCGCAUCCUGGAGAAGUCCAUUUACUCGUGGCCGUUGUAAAAUAUAGAACUAAACUCCACACUCCUCGUGAAGGUCUGUGUUCCAAUUGGUUAGCCUCGUUGCAACCCGACGACAACAUCAGAUUGUCGUUAUCUAUUAAAAAAGGGUCUAUCUCUUUACCGUUGGGAAACAAACCUCUGAUUAUGAUAGGUCCCGGAACAGGUUGUGCUCCGUUCAGAAGUUUCAUUCACGAACGUUGUUGUAAAAAUAUUGGAAAUAAUUAUUUAUUUUUUGGCUGCCGAAGGAAAGCUGGAGAUUUUUAUUUUGAAUCGGAAUGGAACAAUUUAAUUCAGAAAAAUAUGUUAAAUUUAUAUGCAGCAUUUUCAAGGGACCAAGAAGAAAAAGUCUAUGUGCAGCAUAAAAUGCUGGAGAAUAAAGAAUUGAUAUGGAAUUUAAUAAAUGAUCACGGUGCCUGGAUUUACGUUGCCGGCAAUGCCAAGCAAAUGCCUCAGGAUGUACGUAGUGCACUUUUGAACAUUGUAAAAGAUUGCGGUAAAUUAAAUGCAGACGAAGCAGAAAAUUAUCUGAAGAAUCUCGAAAAGAAUAAAUGUUUGCAAUACGAAGUAUGGUCUUAACCUAGGUAUUGAUUAAAUUUUGUACCAAAGAUUUACAAUGUUAAUUUUUAGACAGCUUUUAGUAUUUUUUUUUUUUAAAUAAGUUUAUAGGUGCUUUACUUUUAAUGUAAGGACAAAGAAUGAAAUUUUCUGAA